CUUAUAUCUACCCAUAUAAAUAUACACCUACGCCAUUACCCCCCCUCCCACCUCAUUUUGUUUCCCUCUCCUCUUUCUCGUCGCCACAAUUACCCAGCGGAAAUAAGAACAGUAACGAGAAGAGCAAGAUUAAGGAUAUUGGUUUCCGUAUUUCCUCUGAUUUGAAGAUGAGCCGUUUGGAUUCUUGAUCUUCGGUUUGUGCUUUUAAGAGAAGGCUUCGUUUCGGUUUCGCCUUUUGAGUUUGGGUGUGGAUUUGAAUUUUUGUGUCGGUUACGAAGCUAUUAUUAUAAUAGUAAUGGCGAUACAGGCGCAGUUAUAUUCAGAGAACAUUGGGUUUCAGUCGUGCGGUGGGUCGCCGGAUUUUGCUUGGAUUGACAACGGCUGCGGUGCCGGGGGUGGCGGUGGGUUUAAUCAAGUCUGUUUUGAUCUUCCACAGAAGCCACAACCGUAUCAACAACAAUUACAGCAACAGAUGCAGCAAUUGCAGACCCAGCGGUUGCAUAGAAAUCAACAGAAUCUGCUCUGUGAUGACGGUUUCAUUGUUAGUCCUCUUCAUUUGAAAAACAACACCAGCAAUCAACAACAGUCGGUUGGGUUUUCUCAGACCAUGGCUGCGUAUUUUGAAAAACAGGGGCAGGAAAUCGACCAGUUUAUCAAAUUGCAGAACGAUAGAUUACGGGUUCUAUUGCAAGAACAGAGGAAGCAACAACUUUCAGCGAUUGUAAAGAAAAUCGAGGAAAAUGCAUCUAUUAUGUUCAGAAGAAAAGACGAGGAGAUUGCAAAAGCGGUUAACAAAUCAAUGGAGCUUGAGAAUUUGCUUCACAGACUUGAGAUGGAGAACCAGUCAUGGCAGAGAGUGGCACAAGAGAACGAAGCCAUGAUCGUCUCUCUCAACAGCGCACUGGAGCAAAUGAGAGAGAGAGCUUGUUGCUGCGUCAAUAGAGGAGCGGAAGACGCGGAGUCUUGCUGCGAUUUGAACACGGAAGAAACUGAGCAAAACAGAGGAGUUCCGUGUUUGGAUGGGAAAGAGAAAGUGGUGGAAGAAGAAGACGAAGAUGGAAGUAGGAGGAAGACGACAAUGGUGUGCAGAAGCUGUAAUUCUCGGGAAUCGUGCGUCUUGUUCCUUCCUUGUAGACACCUUUGUUCGUGCAGAAAUUGUGAGGCUUUUCUUGAUUCUUGCCCUGUAUGUAGAACACCCAAGAAGGCUAGCAUUGAAGCCUUGAUUUUUUAGGAAAAAAUUUCCAGGAAAGUGGAGUAAAAACAAAGGAAAAAAAAAAAAAAAGUUAAAAGAAGUUAUUGGAUUUCUUCACCAAAAUGGUUGAUCGACUGUGACCCAUGUGGAUGCUUAGCAUUGUUAUUAAUUAUUUUAUUAAUUUUUGAUUACAAGUGUAUUCUUAUGCGACCAUUUUAAAGCAGAAUCAGACUA